UCACUGGCGGCGGCAGCGGCGGAGGCGACGGUGGCGGCUCUCCGAGCCGGCGCGAAUCCGGCCCCCGCAGCGGGACCCGGGCAGGUGUUGACGAGCCCUGCCCGGGCGGACGCAUGCGGAGAAUGGAAACACUUGCCCGGCAAUGUCUCUGGGCCGCCUCCUUCGCAGGGCCUCCUCCAAAGCCUCGGAUCUCCUGACCCUCACCCCCGGUGGCAGCGGCAGCGGGUCCCCCUCUGUCCUGGAUGGAGAGAUCAUCUACUCCAAGAACAAUGUCUGCGUGCACCCGCCGGAGGGGCUGCAGGGGCUGGGGGAACACCACCCAGGUUACCUGUGCUUGUACAUGGAGAAGGAUGAGAUGCUGGGAGCCACCCUCAUCCUGGCGUGGGUCCCCAACUCUCGCAUCCAGAGGCAGGACGAGGAGGCCCUGCGCUACAUCACGCCCGAGAGCUCCCCGGUUCGCAAGGCACCCCGCCCUCGGGGCCGGCGCACCCGGAGCUCAGGAGCCUCCCACCAGCCCUCCCCCACGGAGCUGCGGCCUACCCUGACCCCCAAAGAUGAGGACAUCCUGGUGGCGGCCCAGAGUGUUCCGGACCGCGUGCUCGCCAGCCCUGCGCCGGAGGACGAGGAGAAGCUGGCGCAGGGCUUGGGGGUGGAUGGUGCCCAGCCAGCCUCGCAGCCUGCUCGCAGCCCCUCUGGGAUCUUGUCCACGGUCAGUCCUCCGCAGGAUGUCACCGAGGAGGGGCGGGAGGCACGGCCCGAGGCCGGGGAGGAGGAUGGCUCCUUGGAACUGUCAGCCGAGGGAGUGAGCAGAGACAGCUCCUUUGACUCAGAUUCAGACACCUUCUCCUCGCCCUUCUGCCUCUCGCCCAUCAGCGCGGCGCUGGCCGAGAGCCGCGGCUCUGUGUUUCUGGAAAGCGACAGCAGCCCCCCAUCCAGCUCUGACGCUGGCCUGCGGUUCCCGGACAGCAACGGCCUCCUGCAGACCCCACGCUGGGACGAGCCGCAGCGGGUGUGUGCCCUGGAGCAGAUCUGCGGCGUGUUCCGCGUGGACCUGGGCCACAUGCGCUCCCUCCGCCUUUUCUUCAGCGACGAGGCCUGCACCAGCGGCCAGCUGGUCGUCGCCAGCCGAGAGAGCCAGUACAAGGUUUUCCACUUCCACCACGGCGGCCUGGACAAGCUGUCCGACGUGUUCCAGCAGUGGAAAUACUGCACCGAGAUGCAGCUCAAAGACCAGCAGGUCGCCCCCGAUAAGACAUGCAUGCAGUUCUCCAUCCGCCGCCCCAAGCUGCCGUCCUCCGAGACGCACCCCGAGGAGAGCAUGUACAAGAGGCUCGGCGUCUCUGCCUGGCUCAACCACCUGAAUGAGCUGGGCCAGGUGGAGGAGGAGUACAAGCUACGGAAGGCCAUUUUCUUUGGCGGUAUUGAUGUGUCAAUCCGCGGGGAGGUCUGGCCCUUCCUGCUGCGCUAUUACAGCCACGAGUCCACGUCGGAGGAGCGGGAGGCGCUGCGGCUGCAGAAGCGAAAGGAGUACUCUGAGAUCCAGCAGAAAAGGCUCUCCAUGACUCCCGAGGAGCACAGAGCGUUCUGGCGCAAUGUGCAGUUCACUGUGGACAAAGACGUGGUCCGGACCGAUCGGAACAACCAGUUCUUCCGAGGGGAAGACAAUCCCAAUGUGGAGAGCAUGAGGAGGAUCCUGCUGAACUACGCCGUGUACAACCCUGCCGUCGGCUAUUCCCAGGGGAUGUCGGACCUGGUGGCGCCCAUCUUGGCCGAGGUCCUGGAUGAAUCAGACACCUUCUGGUGCUUUGUGGGUUUGAUGCAGAACACGAUCUUCGUCAGCUCCCCUCGGGACGAGGACAUGGAGAAACAACUGGAGUGGACGUGGGAAACAGCCCCCAAGUGUCCACUGAGGGUGGGGAGCCUUCCUGGCCAUGGAGCGGCUGCCAGCGUCCUGCCACGCCCGGGCACAACACUCUGCCUCACCCUGGACCACACCACAGCCUCCGGAACAGUCAAAUCUGGGAGGAACUGGCAGAGGCAGCUGUACCUGCGGGAGCUGCUGCGGCUGACGCACGUGCGCUUCUACCAGCACCUGGUCUCGCUGGGCGAGGACGGCCUGCAGAUGCUCUUCUGCCACCGCUGGCUCCUGCUGUGCUUCAAGCGGGAGUUCCCUGAGGCCGAGGCGCUGCGGAUCUGGGAGGCCUGCUGGGCCCACUACCAGACGGACUACUUCCACCUUUUCAUCUGCGUAGCCAUCGUGGCCAUCUACGGGGAUGAUGUCAUCGAGCAGCAGCUGGCCACGGACCAGAUGCUCCUGCACUUCGGAAACCUGGCCAUGCACAUGAACGGGGAGCUCGUUCUCCGGAAGGCGAGGAGUUUGCUGUACCAGUUCCGCCUCCUGCCCCGCAUCCCCUGCAGCCUGCAUGAUCUGUGUAAGCUAUGCGGGACAGGCAUGUGGGACAGCGGCUACAUGCCCGCGGUGGAGUGCACCGGCCACCAUCCAGGCUCGGAGAGCUGUCCGUAUGGGGGCACGGUGGAGAUGCCUUCCCCCAAGCCCCUGAGGGAAGGCAAGAAAGGCCCAAAGACGCCGCAGGACGGCUUCGGCUUCCGCAGAUAGGUCAGGCCCCCGACGCUGGACAGGGGUUGAGGGGACCUCCCCAGAGGCCCCGGGCACGGGAGGGGGUGGGGCUGGGCGUGAAGGGGACAGGGGACGGUAGAAACCUAAGGAAAAUGCUUUUGGGCAACAUGAGAGGAAGCUUUUCGUAUUAAUGACAAAAUUAGAGUCCGGAAGUGACAGAAGUCAGACCUACAGCCACCCAGAGGAAAGUCAGCUCCUGAAACGCUGCAGUUGAACGUGCAGCCACCGCACCUGAGACGCAGGCUGGCUGGGCUCUCCUGCUGGCUGCCCUGGAGGAUUUCAGCAUGUUCCAGGAUUUGCUCCAGCCUCGCGGGCAGCCAGGCAGCAUCGCCAGGCACUGAGGAAAGCAGAGACAGGAGAGGAAGGCCUCACCCACCCACUGCGUCGAGGGCUGCAGAACAGAGCGGGGUCCUGUCCAGGCCUAGAGGCAUCUUUGCAAGCCACACACGCUUCCUCAUGAGACCUCGUUCUCUCGGAGUGAGCCAAACACACUUCCCAAAGCCUCCCCAGCCACAGCUGGGAUGCCAAUGGAAAGACAUCUGCCAUAAAAAAAAGAAAAGGAUAAAAAGCCCAACCGAUGUGGGGAUAGAGAGGCGGAAGAGCAGUCAGGCUUGAGGACCUGGUGCUUGUAAUGUUUAUCCAUUUAAACAUUUCGUCCUGGUACAUGAAGGGAACUGCCUGCCCAGGAGCCUGAGCCUCAGGCUGUUGGAGAAGCAUCCGAUGCCUUUUUCUUUGCUGGGCGUCUUCUACGUGAGGUUCCUUGGCGUUGUUUAAGGUCAACGCCACCACAUACAGCAACCAGCUGGGGCUUGAAUGGGUCGAUGUGUGCGUGUGUCCCUGCGUGCGUGCAUGCAUGCGUGCAUGCAUGUUUGUGUUUGCAAGAUCCUCUGACGAUGAUCUGCUUUGUCCCAGGGACGUGGUAGUGUAUUAGCUGACUAACCAAGACAAGGACACCUGGAAAUAGUUGGACUCUUCCACUUCCCUUCAGGACCUGCGAACUCAGAUAUGUAAGUCAGCUUCUCAGGUGAUGGGACGUGAGAGCGACCACAGUGAAGGAGCCAGCACUCAGGGCUCUCUGCCUUCUACGUGGGAAUGAGGUCUUCCCAGAAGACUCUCCCUCUUCCAAAAGAUUGUGUAUCAGUUGCUCCUUCUGGGAUUUAGAGAUGGGCAGAAAAGGCUAUGCGAUCUAUGCUGUGAGAGCUCCCAGCCAGCUUAGAAGUGUCGAGCCAUUUGCACAGAAAGCCACUCCUUGAGCAAGGAGACCAAAUCCCUCCUGAAAUCCUCCAUCGCGUGCUUCUGGGGAGAAAAGCCCUUGAUGUGCUGAGAACCAUCAUGGGGACCACGAUAGAGGCCUUCUUCCCACUCAAAGCUUUUCUCCCUGGAGGGUGGGCACUGCUGGGCCAUGCCACUUCAAAGCAGUGUUUCUCAGCAGGAAAGGGGAGGUCACCACUUACCGGCCUCCUCCACCUUCUCGGCUUCUCUUUUCUCCAUGAACCCAGGUUGUCCAGCAGGUACUUCCAAGUUCCCAGGUCUGUCUGCCCAAGAGCCUUUAGGGGAGACUGUCCUGGAGCCCCAUCAGUGCCCAGAUCCUGGGGUACCGACCAUUGCCAUCUAGCAGUGGGGGACCCUGUGGUGGGAGUGGGAUGGGCUUCUCAUCCACGUUGCUUCUGGGAAGAGAGGGUUGCCUUUCUGGGCUGGGGAGGUGGCUAGAGCUUCUGCCCUCACCCUCUGCUAGAAACUAGUUAUAUCCAUUGCCACAGCAAUACUGUGUAACAAAUCCGCCAACACUCGGUGGCCUGCAACAAUCAGCACUGAAGUAGGGCAGGAGUCAGCAGUCUGGGCGGGCUGAUUCUUCUGGUCUAGGCUGGGCUUGUUCGUUUAGGGCCAGUGGGCUGUUAAGUCCCAGGGGAUGCUCAUGGUGCAGAGGUCGGACCUGGCCCUGCCCUGUGGUUUCUUGCAUCCCCCCUGCAGGCCAGCCAUGGCGCAGCCAAAGGCACGGAGGGAGAGACAGCAAGUGCCUUUCCAAGCCUUGGCGGACACCACACCUGCAGCCCUCCCCUUGGCCACGGCAAGUCACGUGGCUGGGCUCAGCAUUAAGGGGUGGGGGACAGGCCUGCCACUUUAGCGUCCGCUCUGCACAGUCGGGUGGCAAUAGGCUGAGAAUUUGGAGGGCUAAAGAACUGGGACUCUGGAAAGUCUGUGUCCUAAUAAUGCCUGCUUUGGAGCACUCCUUCCCCACUCGCCCUCUCCAGGAGAAUAGCAUCCCCGGUCCUAGCAUUUCACUAGAUACCUCGUGCCUUUGAGCUGCUGUGUUUGGGUGGGAGGAAGCGGAUAGGCAGGUCCAGGGUUCCCCUCACUUGGGAAGGUCCUAGUAGAAGGCAUUCCUUCUGAGUCUCCUGGCCCUGCAGCUUCUCACCCCUGCUGCACCCCAAGACCUGACCCAGACCAAUCAGCUGCAUCUCUGCACCAAGUGUCACCCCCGCUGUGCACCGCUCGCACCUCACGGUCCCCAUGGGCUGGCCCGGACCCCAGUGAGGUCUACACCUCUCGGAACCAGCCAGGACCUCAGAAGCCGUGACCUGGGUGUUCAGGGCUUGGUGGAGGAGACGCUGCUGGGGAGGCGGGGCGGGGGGGGGGAUGGAGAAGCCCCGCCCCUCUGCAACUCCCUUAAUCUGGAUGCAAUUAGAGGAAACCAGCCAAAAACCCUGCGGCAGCUGUUGUCCCGGGAUUAUUCCCAGCCAGCGAGAGGCAUUAGGGCGAUAAUUCAGUCAUUAGACUUCUAGCCUUCCCACCGCCAGAACGUGCAAAUAGGGGAUAAUCAGCCCUGCACGGCCAUCCUCAGCAAUGCUGCUUAUUUAACCCAUUUUUUAAAAUGACACUUAAUGUUA